CUUGGAAACCCUAAACCCUCUUCCUCAGCACUCGUUUCUGCAUCUGCGGCAGUAAGUCUAAACCUAAAUUUUCUGUUUCUUCACCUGUUUUCCUAGACCUGAAUGGAGGUUUCAUGAUUUCUCUAAUGUUUUUGAGACGAUCUGAAUGGCUUUAACCUGAUCGUGUUAACUUUUUUCUGUUCGGAGCAGGUGGAAUGGCGGCGGUACCAGGGCAGCUGAUCUGGGAGAUCGUGAAGAAGAACAAUUCUUUCUUGGUGAAGCAGUUCGGGAGAGGGAAUGCGGGCGUGCAGUUCAGCAAGGAGAGCAAUAACCUGUACAACCUCAACUCCUACAAGCACUCUGGCUUGGCAAACAAGAAGACUGUUACUAUUCAGCCAGGUGGGAAGGAACUUUCUGUGGUUGCUGAUAAUUACUACAGGCCAGACUUGAAGAAGGCAGCCCUUGCUAGACUCAGCGCUGUUAACAGGAGCCUUAAGGUUUCCAAGUCCGGGGUCAAGAAGAGGAACAGGCAGGCCGUUAAGAUCCGUUGUAGGAAGUGAGAAGUGAGUUAAAAAGGUUUCAGAUGAUUUAAUUAUUGUUGGUUCUGUUUUAGUUCCAAAAGCUUCAGAGAGACUUAAAAAAGUUUUGGUUUUUGAUGUGUUAGAAGAAUUAUCACAUUUUGUUAGAGAAGUUUAAACCUUGUCUUGUGUUAAUUACUGAGUUAGUGAGUUCUAUU